AUGUCCGUCUCAAACCUAAUUUCCACUACCCCGAACCAUCACGUUCGUCUGGACGAGCCGAUCUCAAACAAGUCUGUGAAAGAUGCUGAGAAUUUCGCUGAAAUACAAAAGGCCUUCAGGGCUGGCAAAGAGCAUGUAGUCGGGUGGUCGCCGCAAGAGGACACUCGCAUCGAGCAAGCCAUGCAGGACCUUGGGUCCUACUUAACCGAUCUUGACCACUCCCUCUCGUAUGAGGGAACAGAUAAAAAGGUUGUAUGGCGAAAGUCGUGCUGGUUUGCCAGUCAUGGUAUCGGCCAUCCAUUCCUGGACUCUGAGUCGGAUAUCGCCAAGUUCGAUGGCGACCUGAAAGAUGGUCUGACUGGUCUUCAAGCCUUACAUGACCCAAGAAUUGGCGACUCCAUGCACUGUCUAAAAUCGGUGUUGGACAGUGCUUUGGUUGAGACCAGUAUGGCAGUCGGUAUCGACCCAGAGCUUGUUCAGCGAUGCACUGUUCGUUACAGGGCUAUUAAGUAUACGCCUCAUGCUGGUGCUCCAGGUGGCAUUGGGCUUCACCCAGACGGCAACCUACUUUCUGCCCUUAUCACAAACGGUCCAGGGCUACGUGUCUAUGACCUAGACGGUACAGUCCGCUUUCCCGGUCACAAGGGCACCAUCAUGAUGGGUGGCUCAACGCUCUACCGUUGGGCCAACGAGUUUUUACCGACUUUCCACGACGUUGAUAUCAGUGGGGACACUGUCAAGGUUUCCAUCGUGGCAUUCUUUAACUUUCCUGAUAUGGAAACGAUACCAAGGAACAUGAGCACGCAGGACGAUGGUUUCUUUCAUGACAUUCGACGCAUCAAGGAGGAUGACAAACUACCGCAUGGAGAACUGUCGCCUUUGUGGGAUAUUAUUAUUAAGAACCAUAAUUUGUCACUGCCACCGGUUCGUGCUAGUGGGUGA